GGUGCGGCCGGGGAGGGCCCCCGAGCGCCGCAGCCCCGCGUCUCCACCUUCCCCUACCCCCGCACCGGUGUCUCUGCGGGUCCGCAGCCCCACGCACGGACAUCCCUAUUCCCUACGUCUCGGUGUUCCCGCAUCCCUCCAUCACUGCAUCCUUUCAUAUCCCCACCCCAGGGCCGAAAAUCCUUACCGUACCCAGGAGGGCGGCAGCCGGGCGUGGGGGAAGGGGGGCCGCCCAGCCCCGCACGCAGCGCCCACCGUGCCCGCAUCCGCCCUGCGCCGGGGAUGAGGGAGAGCCGGGGGGGAUUCGGCUCCGCCGUGCAGCCACGCAGCAGCUAACGCUGGUGGGAGACUCCUCCCCCCUUCCCUCCCCCCGGCACCAUGCCUUCCUCCAAGACGGACGGCGAGUAUUGGAUCGAUGGAUCCCACCGUGAGGCUGCCCUGGAGGAUUUCUACGUCGUGGGCCCUGAACUGGGACGGGGAGCCACCUCCGUGGUGUACAGCUGUGAGGAGAAGGGCACACGUACCCCAUAUGCUGCCAAGAUCCUGAAGAAGACAAUCGACAAAAAGAUCGUGAGGACGGAGAUCGGGGUCCUGCUGCGCCUCUCACACCCCAACAUUAUCAAACUGAAGGAGAUCUUCGAGACACCCUCGGAGAUUGCUCUGAUGCUGGAAUUGGUGACGGGAGGAGAGCUCUUUGACAGGAUCGUGGAGAGGGGCUUCUACAGUGAGCGGGAUGCGGCCCACGUGGUCAAGCAGAUCCUGGAGGCUGUGUUGUAUUUGCAUGAGAAUGGAGUGGUGCACCGGGACCUGAAGCCGGAGAACCUGCUGUAUGCAGACCUGUCCCCCGACGCUCCCCUGAAGAUCGGUGACUUCGGGCUCUCCAAGAUCGUGGAUGAGCAGGACACCAUGAAAACCGUCUGUGGGACACCGGGGUACUGCGCCCCUGAAAUCCUGCACGGCUGCCCCUACGGCCCUGAGGUGGACAUGUGGUCGGUGGGUGUCAUCACCUACAUCCUGCUCUGCGGGUUUGAGCCCUUCUUUGACCCACGUGGGGACCAAUACAUGUACAGCCGCAUCCUCACCUGCGACUACGAGUUCGUGUCCCCGUGGUGGGACGAGGUUUCCCUCAAUGCCAAGGACCUGGUCAGAAAACUGAUCGUCUUGGAUCCCCAGAAGAGACUGACGGUCUACCAGGCUCUGGAGCAUCCCUGGGUGACUGGAAAAGCAGCCAAGUUUGCCCACAUGGACAGCACACAAAAGAAGCUGCAGGAAUUUAACGCCAGGAGGAAACUGAAGGCUGCCAUGAAAGCCGUGGUGGCUUCCAGCCGCUUGGGCAACCACGGCCACCACGACUGCUCCAGGAGCCGGGGGGGCCCCCGGGGCAGCACUGAGGCCACCGCCGCAUCCGAGGAGCUGGAGGCGUUCCCUGCUGUGCCCAAAAUGCCCAUCAACGGGGCGAGCUGCAGGAGCUGAUGGUGCCCGGCUCCCAGCAGCUGCUCGGGGGGCUCUGGGGCAGCCGUGGGGAUGGCAGGACGGGGUGCAUCCCUGCGUGGUGCUGCUGUGGCUGUGCGUCCAUCCCCACCCCGCAGGGAAGCAGCGCUGGCGACUCCUGUCUUCCAACAACCCAACAGCUUUGGCUGCUGUGGCGUUAUUACGAGUGUCCCGGCUGCUUAAAAACGAGGAGCAAACAGCAGGGAAAAAAAAAAAAA